CUGGCCGGCGGCCGCGCUCCCCGGGGCGCGGAGAGGGGCGGGCGCGGCGGGGGAGCCCGCUGGGUCGGAGCCACUCGGGGAGGGUCCCGGGCUCCGGACCAGACAGCACCGGGCUGGCCGCCCGCACCGCCGGGGACAGCCCCGAAGGACCUUUCCUGCUUGUCCAGGUGAGUGAGCCCGAGGCCCGUGGAUGAGCAGACCGAAGCCGGGAGCUCCCAGGAAAGUUCGCAGGCCGACGCUCUACCCACUGAGCCACACCGGCCAGGGCAGCACUCACUACUUUCCCCCGUGAGUUUGUGCCAGGCUGGGAGGUGCCUGGCGACCAGGAUGCGUCUGCCGCUGCUCUGCCUGGUCUGGCUGUGGACCCUCCUGGCCUCGGCUUCCCUGCCGCCUCCGGCUCCCACAGCCCCCGGGAGGCAGGGCAGCUGCGAGGUGACGGCCUCUCACCGCUGCUGCAACCGGCACCGCGGGGAGGAGCGCUCCCAGACCGUCAAGUGCUCCUGCGCGUCCGGCCAGGCGGCCGGCACCACGCGGGCACAGCCCUCCUGCGUGGACGCCGCCAUCGUCCGGCAGAGGUGGUGGUGCCAGAUGGAGCCCUGCCUGCGAGGGGAGGCGUGCAGGGAGCUGCCGGACCUGUCAGGGUGGAGCUGCAGCCGCGGACACAAGGUCAAAACCACCAAGGUGACACGAUAGUUCUUGGCCGAGCCGUGGACUGAGGCCUGGUAUCCAGUUACCAGCCAGCACAUGUGGAGGUUCCCUUACCUGGACACGCACCCCUUUUCCAGGGGCGUCUCACUUAAGCUGCUCAGCAGAUACGGACAGACUGGGCUCCGCUGGGGGACGCAGCAGAGGGUCACGAUACAACACCUGCCCUCGAGGAGUGUCCGGUCAGGUCAGAGAACGGACGAAAGCGUGGCACCGGACAGUGGUACCUGGUGGCUGGAUGUGGAGUGGGGCAUCAGGCUGUGGGCUUGGGGGAGUGAGGAGGAGACUCCCACAGCUCUCCAGCCACUCCCUGGCCCCAGGGCACAAGGACAAGAGGUCCCACUGACCCCCCCGCCCCGCUGCUUCUCUCCCUCCCGCGAGUCCGCGUCCCCAGAGCUGCACGCGUGUUGAGGGAAGACAGGUGUCCCUCUGCAGACCGGCUGCGUCGCCUCUGCCUGGGCCGGCGUGGCUUGCUGAGGGGACGCAGAGAGGAAGCCGAACUUCCCGGCGAAGCUUCUGCAGGUGCAGGGCCCGGUUUGGGCUGCUGGUUGUUGGGCAGGGGAUGGAUAGGACCUUCAAAUCCCCGCCACCCAAGCUCCUCGAGGUUUUGCUUGUUUGCUUGUUUGAACAGGCGAGGAAACAGACCCAGAGAGGGGAAGUGACUUGCCCAAGGUCUCUCAGCGUGGGCCUCCAGCUCUCUGACGACGGACCUUCUCACUUGGCGUGGAUGAGAGAUUCCCACCCAGCCUUCCGUGCUGCUUUUUUUCUUUUUCUUUUUUUUGGAGAGAGAGAGAGAGAGAGAGAGAGAGAGAGAGAGAGAGAGAGAGAGAGGAACAUCAAUGGUGAA